AUGACAUUUGCAUCAAAAAACCAGUUUAGAGAAGUUGUGCAGAAUUAUGCCUUCAAUAAUGGCAAAGAAAUUAAAACACUAAAAAAUGACAAGGCUAGGGUCAUUGUUAAGUGUACACAGGAGGGUUGCCCAUGCAGAAUAGGACUGAGGAAAGUAGUUAACUCACAUUGCAGAAUAGGACUGAGGAAAGUAGUUAACUCACAGUCAUGGAGGAUUUUAAACAUGAAAGAUGAACAUGAAGGGUGUUCUUGGGUUUGGGAGAAUCGAAUGGUGAAAUCUACUGUUGUUGCUAAGAGGUGGGCAACUGAAUUAAAAGACCACCCAGAUUGGAUGAUGAAGAAGUUCAAGGAUAAGGUGUGCAAUAAGGAGGGAUUUUAUGUCAUUGAUGAACAAGCUUAUAGGCAAAUUUGGAAGGCAAGGAAGCUAAGAGUUUGCAAUGAGGAAGACAAUUUCAAAAGGAUAUGGAGUUAUUGUGUAGAAAUUUCAAGAACAAACCCUAGGAUAACAUGUGUUGUGAAGCUAAGUGACUUGGUUGAUCAAAGUGACCAUGAAAGAUAUCUCAGAAUGUAUGUUUGUUGGGAAGCUUGCAAGCAGGGAUUUAAGAACUGUAGAGGUCUGAUAGGUGUAGAUGGUUGUCAGCUUAGAGGUGCCACUGGUGGGAUGUUAUUGACUACUAUUAGUAUAGAUACAAAUGACAGUCUAUUCCCAAUAGCAUAUGUUAUUGUGGAAUGA